AAGAACAGUCAAGUCCAGACGCCAAAUAGGUCUACAGUAGUUAGAUCGUAGUAUUGAUUACAACAAGGCCUAUAGGCUAUCAGCCCUUAAUGUUUUUUUUUGUAAAACGAUGCCUUUUCAUGUUUGUUAUCUAUGCCCAACCAGACCAGACGUCUGGAAUAGAAGCUCUCUGACUUAGCUAUUUUAAGGGUUCAUGUAUAAGACAGUGAAACGUUGGACUGGAAGAAACGUUGGACUGUAGUCUAUUUGGCAUGAGAUGCAGUCUUCAAUGGCAGUGUCGCCUAUAAAUAAGCCUGCUUUUUCCAGUCGCUACCACUAGAUGGCAGUGUAAUGCUGUUUUCUGACGGAUUACACUGUAACAUCUCAGUAGCCCAGUCACAUACAUUAUUCUCAACAUCAGAAGAACGGCAGAUGCAAACCAUGAGAUGGCCUUCAGGGGUAAAGUGGCCGACACGAGGACAGUGCUUGUGCACAUGCUGCUGUGCCUCGUCAUAUUCUACUCUCUCUACUACAUGAUUGGGAGUGUGUGUUUCGGCGCGUUCAGGUGCGACACUUUUCUUUUCCUCUCUCUGCGUGCACGUGUGGUUAUUGGGUUGGAUCACUUUGAUGGACUUAUUCCCUUUGACUUUAAGACUGAACCAACCAAUUUGGAGUCCAACUCCAAAUACCUGGUGAACCUGCUGUCCAUGGAGUUGACCUAUUUCUGCAGUGGUCUGCUGUUUGCAGCCGUGGUGAGGAGAUGGGUCUGGGACUACGCUCUCACAGUCACACUACUGCACGUACUGCUCACCAGCCUGGUGAUGUUGGAGUUUCCCUUGGUAUGGCAGUGGUGGCUGGCCCUUGCGGGUUGUUUCUGAUGAUCUGUAACGGUCAGCUGAUAGCUUACUUCACCUGCCAGAGUGACCAGAGUUACCCCACCUUCAACAGCUACUGAGUACACACACACACUGACUAGAGUUCUUUGCAGUGAGUCCAGUGGAAAUGGAGGGAAACCAAAUGUUCCUGUUGACUUGGUUACCGGUUUGAUUGUUGCACAUUGUUGCUGUUGGACCAGCUUCCCAGACACCAAUUGAGCCAAGUGAUUCUCCAAUGAUCAAGCUUUUGAGUCCAGGAAACAGCUCGUAUAUGUCAUAUCUGUAGUAUGUCAUACCUGUAGUAUGUAAUAUCUGUAGUAUGUAAUAUCUCUGGUAUGUAAUAUCUGUAGUAUGUAAUAUCUGUGUUCUCUAUGAAUGUUAAUCUUAUGUCAGACAAUGUUAAUCAUGUAAUUUAUCAUCUUAGAACUAUUAAACCAGCUGUAAC